UCCGCAUUCUUUGACGUACUACCCCGAGUAAUAGACCUCCAUUCAUUUAUUUCUUUGUCAUUUCAGCUCGUGGCCGGCAUUUGUUAGCAUUUUCAUUCAUUUUUCAGAUUUAAUGGUAGCUUCUGUCCUCCUUUUCGCCCCCAGUGGCUCAAGAUGUCGCGGAGAGCAAAAGUGAACUCGUUCCCCUGCGCCUGCCUCGCCGCCAUUACGGUAAAAACCGCUCUCAGCUGCUCUUGUCCUGCGGUCACAUUUUUUGUUGCCACUACUCGGAGGGACUCGCGCACGUCACGUUUCUCCUUCACCCGUCUGCUUGUAUUCACCUUUAUUUGGACGUCUUCUUCGCCUGUUUGCGUGUCGGCCAGCUGGUGAACAAUAUUUUCUGAUUUUUUCUUUUUCGUUUUUCUUUUUUGUUCCCGUGUGUCACCGACAGCAGUCGACGUUAAGACCUUCUUCUAAUCUGUGAGGAUAAAUCUAAUUCCAAGACAGUUAUAUAAGAAGGGAAACGCCGCGCAUCCCAGCCGCUUUGCUAUUUAUUUCCAUCGGUGGUUUUGAUUUCUUCCACUUGUUCUUGUUCCGCUUCGAAGAGCGACCCUUCCCGCCCGUGUUCAUGCCAGAUCUGCAGCGCUUUAGUUUUCCGUACCAUAGCAUGAAUCCGUUGUUGGGGGCCACGGCGCAUCUCCAACAACAUCCGCAGCCGAGCCAGGCCACCGGCCACCCAGAAUCCCCCUCGGGCCUUCUCCCGGACGCCGUGUUCGGCUCUCCGGAGUCGGCGUCUUUGCUGCUGGGGGACAUCCCCGGGCCCGAGUUCCCUACCCACAGCUCAUCUUACCUGCACCACUAUCAGCAUCAGCACCAGCACCAUCCGCCCGCGGCCAUGGCUCUGCGCAACGACCUGGGUUCCAACAUCAGCGUGCUCAAAACGCUCAAUCUGAGGUUCAGGUGCUUCCUGGCCAAAGUGCACGAGCUGGAGCGCAGGAAUAAGGUUCUGGAGAAGCAGCUGCAGCAGGCGUUGGAGGCCAACAGCGGCUGCAGGCCGCACACCCAGGAGGCCGGCGUGCAGACGGGUUUCGUGGGAGCCGUCCCGCUCCGACCCGGCUCCCUCCCCUUUCACAACACCAACAACUCAGCCAGGAGGCCCACGACUUUUUCCUGCACGGCCCCCGAGAGUUCCGCUUCCACCCGAACCGACGCCGCUUGUAACCCUUCCGUCGUCGUCAGCCAGGCCUCCCCCUCCGCGGACUCCCCCGGGUCCAGAACCGGCGUCGGACGCCCCGUGACCGCGCCUCCUCGCUUCCUCCCGGGCACCAUCUGGUCCUACAACCCCACUCGCAGGUUCGGAUCGGAGCGUCUGACCAGCCCCGGGGUCUCCUGGGCGCACCCGGAUGGAGUCGGGGUCCAGAUCGACACCAUCACCCCCGAGAUCAGAGCGCUCUACAACGUCUUGGCCAAAGUGAAGCGGGAGAGGGACGAGUAUAAACGCAGAUGGGAAGAAGAAUACACAAUGAGGACGGACCUGCAGCAGAAGAUUGCUGACUUGCAAGAAGACUUGCAAGAGAGCGAAGGCUGCCAGGAUGAGCUUGCCCUCCGAGUUCAGCAGUUGAAGGCCGAGUUGGUCCUCUUCAAAGGCCUCAUGACCAAUAAUCUGUCUGAUCUGGACACAAAGAUCCAGGAGAAAGCCAUGAAAGUGGACAUGGACAUCUGCCGCAGGAUCGACAUCACGGCUCGCCUCUGUGACGUCGCCCAGCAGAGGAACUGUGAGGACGUCAUCCAGAUGUACCAGGUUACAAACAACCAGCCAUCGAUAAGCCUGCGCCGCAAGCAAACGCCUCUGUCCAUGAACGGUAGCGAGGCCGAAGAACCAGUCAGCGUAUCCGAAAGCGACGCGAGUGUGGCUAAGGAGGACGAGCAGCAGCAGCAGCAGCACAGCAGCCAAUCGUCGGCCAGUCAGAUCAACGAAGAGAUGCAGAGGAUGCUGAACCACCUGCGUGAGUGCGAGUUCGAGGACGACUGCGACAGUCUGGCCUGGGAGGAGACGGAGGAGACGUUGCUGCUGUGGGAAGAUUUCCCAGGAAGCACUCUGCCUCCUGACCCCGCCAACCCGCCUGGAGAGGAGGACUGUCUGGAAAAAGUGAUAAGUGACACCGAGUGCUUGUUCAAGUCCCGAGAGAAGGAAUACCAGGAAACCAUUGACCAGAUCGAGCUGGAACUGGCGACGGCGAAGAGCGACAUGAACCGCCACCUGCACGAGUACAUGGAAAUGUGCUCCAUGAAGCGAGGCCUGGACGUCCAGAUGGAGACCUGCAGGAGACUCAUCACGCAAACCGGCGACAAUAAAACGGCGGCGCAGACAUCUUCCGACGACAGCGACCAGCGAGAGAGCGAUAGGAGCUCGGCAUCGCCGCCGUCCUUGUCUGGUUCCAGGAAGUCCUGACACCUCGCCGCUGCGGUCGUGUGAUUUCCGCAACAGUACCGCACUCUCACAACACAACACCAUGCAACCCCUCUGGCCCUACAAUCAUCAUCAUCAUCAUCAUCACAGUAGUCAAUAUGUUACCGUCAACAUUUAGCAGGAUUUGGUACAAAACGUUAAGCAUUUUAAUUAAGGCGGACUGAUAGAUUUGCUUAAAAAUAUUGAAUUAAAAUGUAGCAGCUUUAAAACUACACUAGACUGGAGGUUUUAUGGUCAAAUAUAACGUAAAAGGAGCUAAAAAUAUUUUCACUAGGAGACGUCGUGUUUUGGGAGGAUUCACACAUAAAAUAUAAUAAAUAUAAUAUGAUUAGUGCACCACGGUGGGGCAGCUGUAAACCGUUGGCCUCACAGUUCUGAGGUCCAGAGUUCAAUCCCGGCCUCGCCUGUGUGGAGUUUGCAUGUUCUCCCAGUGCCUGUGUGGGUUUUCUCCGGGCACUCCUGUUUCCUCCCACAUCCCAAAAACAUGCAACAUAAAUUGGACACUCUAAAUUGCCCCUAGGUGUGAUUGUAAGUGCGGAUGUUUGUCUCCAUGUGCCCUGCGAUUGGGUGGCAACCUGUUCAGGGUGUACCCCGCCUCCUACCCGUUGACAGCUUGGAAAGGCUUCAGCACUCCCCGCGACCCUGGUGAGGAUAAGCGACAAAAGAAAAUGGAUGGAUGUGAUGGAGAGAAUAUAGGUUUUUGUGGGAGCCCAUCAUUUUUAUUGCUCAAGUUAUAUAUUUUGUGUGCUAAAUAUGCACCCCCACCACCCCCCAUUGGCCAUUUUGCGGCAAAAUAUGUUUUAGGGGGAAAAAAAAUAUUUUCUGUGUUAUUUCAGUAACAAAGUGGAAUAUCUUUGUACUGUAUGCCUUUUUUUCUUUAACACUUUUAAAUAAAUGAAAUAUCUUUUUCAUCCCUUAAUCAAUUCAAAAUGACAUGAAUGCUCGAAUCGGGACAACUCCAGAACAUUGUUUUUUUUUUGGUAGCAAAAUGAAGACUUUGUUUUGGCAAAUAUAUAAUUUUAGGUCUAGGGAGAGCAAAUUAUUGCUCUCCCUAGAGUUAAAUAUGCUGCUUUCAUUUAUUUAUUUUUUUUAUGUCACAAUGUUGUGUAUCUAUAUGCUCAAAUUGUUUUCAGUGCAGAUCAGUGUUGGCCAAGAGUUGGCAAAUAAAUGCUCAGCUAGCGAGAAAGUAAUCCAGUCCUAGCUGUAAUACUGCAUAACAUUUUGUACAAUUUCCUACAAAAUUUUGGUGAGGUUGAGCUCAUUUACAAAUAAGAGAAGGUUGCUUUGUGUCUUGUCAGGCGCAGUCUUCACUCAUUCAGGAUUUGGGCAAAACAACAACACAAAUAUUCAGUAAGAAACAUUUUAAUAUAGCAAUGACAAAAUAUGUCUAGUCAAUGUAAAAUGUGUUGUUAGCAUUAUUAUUCACAACAACUGUGGCGGUGUUCACAUCUCCGGGCAGAUUCCACUCAUCAUACAACGUCACAAGUCAGCGUUUUACUGCCUUACGGCUACAGAAUGGAAGCUUGUUUUUGUUUUGUAUGAAAAAUGAAGGCAGCAAAGAUGAGCGAAGCUGCGUUGUGACUAAAUGAGGAAUUAAAUAUGCUCUCAUGAUCAAAAUGUCAGCAGCAGGUUGACGAGCCGAAAGCCAACUGAUGUCAGUCUGUGGCGACAACAAUCUAUCGCUUAGCUGAUGACUCGAGUGGUCAAGUCUUGGGAAUUUGGGGGAUUUCCCAGUGCACUUUGCCCGACAAGCGCACCUACACCAGUGACUGGAAGCAUCCGCAUGAAAGAGAACCAUUUGAGUGUUUGUUGUAGUACAACGAGAAUUCUGCAAGUAAUACAGUGGUGCCACGACUUACGUGUUUUUCGAGAUACCCAUUCUCAUAUGCUCUUUACUAGAUGAUCUUCUCUCUCUUUUUUUUUUUUAACCUUGAAUUGUGGGCAUUGACUUGCAUUAUGAGUGUGCUUCAGACUCCAACCACCUCUAUGAAGUGAAAAAAAGUAAACAAGAUGGAAUCACAUAGUGAAAGCUUGAUUUGUUUAUAAAUUGGGAGGAAAAUAUUGCAUGGGUUCACAAGCUGUGCACACUUGUGCUUCCUUUCACACAGCGUAAAUAUGAUUUGCUCCAUCAUCACGUUUCAGGUAUCUGUUUUUAUUUUUCCUUUGGAAAGCUAUAAAGAAUUCUGUAAAAUGAGCAUGGUGUUGAGAGCGAGAGGGAGAGUAAGAGAAGAGAGUGUGGGGGGGGGUCUUCAAUGGGGGUGGUAGAGAGCGAGAGAUGCAAAACAAACCUAUCGCUACAAAGCACUCUCUAAACCACAAUAUUUAAAGGCACAAGAGAUGAAUGUACUACUGCGCGUGUUGUUCAGCUUCAUUACAGUAUAAAAUGUGUGUUUUUAGAACCAUAUUUCACAUUGCAGUCCUGUUUUGUUUUUUUUUAAAUAUAAUUGUGGUGUUUAUUGAGUUGCCAGGAACGGAUCCAUGGCAUUUCCAUUAAUUUCAAUUGGGAAAGUUGAUUUGAAAUAUGGUAUAGUUUUAAGGGCCCUAAAGUGGUCACCAAAUGAAUUCAACUCCCAAGUCAAAGUACCACUGUUUGAGAGUCCAAGAUGGAUUCUCUAUAAUGCACUUUUAUGAAUGACUUUUAUUCGGAAUGCUGAGAUUCCAGUCUGGAAGAAGUUGAGCCACUGAGUGCCAAAAAUAGGAGAAAAAAAAAAAAAGCAAAUUGAGCUGCCCAAGCCUUCUUUUUCUUUGUCUUCUUUAUCUUCUUCUACUUCUCCUUCUUCUUCUUCCUCUCUACCAACGUGCUUGAUGUAAAUAAGUCAACUUUGAGUUUGCACAUAGAAACGACCGAGCAAAGCAAUGAAAUAACUUUCAAGUAUGAUGAUGAUGAUGCAAUCAGCGCUGUCGCCUGUGAACCCGUAACCAAGAAACAAUGUAAAUACAAAAAAAGAAAAGAUGUAUAUUUGCUCUUGAGAAUCCAUCACUUGAACAUACUGUACGGUAUUAGCGCGCUGCUCGCAGGAAGCUGAAUUAACAAUUAACAAGUCGUUCAUCUUCAGACAAGAAGAGGACACAUUUGAGGCUUUACAUGACAAGAAUGCAUGGUGCCAUUUGACCCAAAAUUAAAGCAGGAAGAGAUAUGUAUACUGUGUAAGAAAUCAAGCAACAAUUCUGUCAGUUCCCUUUCUGAGCAAAUUUCUGCGUAUGCAUGUGCCAGUGUGCAGGAGCCUCGAGUGUGAAUGAGUAGAGAAGGUUUUCAUCCAAAAUACUUUGAAAAGCCAUCGAGUGAGGAAAAGGAACAGAGUAGCAAAAUCUGCCCGGUUCCUCUUAGAACUGUCAGUAUUUACGUACAUCAGUAGUAAUUUCGGAUUUCAUGUCUUGAAAUGAAACCUGAUCAUUUUAGUGAAAACCGUACAACACGAGAGGUGUCCGAGCUGGUCCAUUAAUGUCAUGGAAACAACAGAGACACUGUUUUACUUAUUACACCCCAUAAAUAUUAUUUGGAUUAAUACUUUAAUUGAACUGAUACUUUUAGUCAGUCCCCACAUUGGUGUGUUAUUUUCACAAAUUAUUAAUAAAUGUAAAGUAUAUUUAACUUUCUUUAAUAUGUUUAAUACUGCCAGACCACAAACAAAAAAAUCUGAAUAAACAGUAUUUCAGGAGAUGCAAGGAUAUGGCAAUGCUGCAGCCAUUUUGAAAUAACCAAGAUACUAAUUGUAAACAGCUGAUGAGAUAUUUUUAUUAUAAUAAUGUGAAAAAAACUGUAAUUCCUUCAAGCUUUUCUUUUGUUGUAAAUUUCCAUUCGAUGUAUUACUGUACAGUCAAUAUUGUCCAUGUAAAGGCUUGAAACGUCGUGUCUGCGCCCUUGCACAGCUGCCAGAUGUUCUUUAUGUCAAACA